CGCCGCGCCCCGUGCUAAAGGCCGCACCGCCCAUGCGGUCUCGCCGCGCGGGGUCACGUGUUGAGGUGAUAUUUAUCGGCGGCCGAAGCAGAUGCGGUGGCACAAGUCGAGACGAAAGCACGCCGAGGCAGCCAGACUCAUCGCUGAGAACGCUCCAUCCACUCGUUACACGCACAGUUCUCCAGCGACGAGACCUCCGCGAUGGCAUCUGUUGUGGGCGGCUGCAAGCCAAUACUUCUCGUUUGAGGUGGAGUUGACAGCGCGGACGGCGCUGGUGGUGGCGGCGAUACUAGCGCUGCUGGCGGCGCAAUGCAUCCCGCUGUCGGACGCUGUGCCUACGCACUACUCCAGCGACGCGCAUGAGUGCCUCCGACACGAAAGCACUGAAGCCUUGUGUCAGCGAUGUGCAAAGUCAACUAAAUCCACAAUGGUGUACCCCAUGUGCUGUAGAAAUCAAGAAGAAGUAAGAGAAUGGUGUGUGAGAUACUUAGAUUAUGGUUUGCAGUGAAAUGAGAACCACAUGUAAUGGACAUUUAAUUUAUUACGCAGCAUGAUAUAUACACAAUACUAGAUUUCAGACAAUGCAAACUGAUUUCUCAAAUUUCUUGUAUUUGAGCUCAGUAAACAAUAAUAUUGCAUCACUGAAAAAAAACUGAAAAUACAAGAACCUUCAGACAAAUUGAGGGUCAGUGCAAUACAGGAUCAAUGCAAAUUCGUUUGGGAGAAAUUAUUUUUAACUUAAAUUUGAUGGAGAAAAUUAUAAACUUUUUGCAUCAAAUGUAUCUCCAAACCAAAUUGUUGGUGUUUUAAUGUCAAGAAGAGUUGUAACAAGUUAAUUGUACAUUAUUACAACUCUAGCAAAAUAAUGAAAAUGUAUGAUUCUGGGAAGAAAUUUCAGAAGUGGCUAGUCACUGUUAUUGUUUUGAUAACUGUUAAUUAUUUUUUUGAUAACUGAGGGAUGGCUAGCACAGAAAUAUAAAUACUUCCUGAGCUUCACUGAAAACAAAAGUUAUUUGUAAUCUUUGCUUUAGGUAUUUUAAAAUUCUAUUUUCAACCUUUGUUGUUUCCAACCUUGUUAAUUCACUUUCAACAAAUGUGUAUACCUUUUUUCUUUCAUUUGCAAUUACAUUAGGAAUAAUGAAGCAGUCUUUUGCCAUCAAUGAUUUAAUUAUACACAGGCAACUAUUGUCUUUAUGAAAGAAAAUAUAACUGGCAUUAGGAGAAAUGGAAAUAAAAUUCUUCAUGUCUCUCUUGGUAUGUAAUAAUGCUUACCAAAAAAGACUGAAGAUAAUUUUACAAGAAUGUGAUAAUGCAGGUUAUUUUAAACUUGCUGUAAACCAACUCAAGAAAAUUGAUCUCAUAUAAAACUAUAAUUGUAGAAUAAGUGGUGUGUACCACCAAAAAGCUUAUAAUUUAUAUAGAGAUUCAUUUGCAUAAAGCAAAUUUAAGAAUCUUAUACAGAAUAUUGCAUGUUAAUGCAUGAGUGAUUCAAGGGCUGUGAAUUCUAAUACUAACAAUGUGUUAAGUGUUACAUAAAUACAAAAUACUUAUUUUGUUAUGUAGAUAUAAGUAAUAAUUAUGUUGUUAUUAUUUAUUGUUUAUUACCUAUAGCCAUUUUUAAAAAACAAAUACCAACAUAUUUAAGAUAAAUAAACAAG